AUGGACCCAUCUGCAUACUGGCCUGAUGAUGCGGUUACUGGAAGACAACAAAGUCACAGACUACCCCUUCCACCUUUAACAAUCUCCAACAAUGGUCCUUAUUCACCCUCGUAUUCAACCGCAACUACUCCAACAGUUCCAAGAAGUCCAGGUAGAGCAGAUCUUUUGGUUGGCCAUGGUUCACGUUGGAAGAAAGGAAGGUUGCUUGGUAGAGGCACCUUUGGACAUGUUUAUCUUGGUUUCAACAGUGAGAGUGGGGAAAUGUGUGCAAUGAAGGAGGUGAUUUUAUUUGCGGAUGAUGCAAAGUCAAAGGAAAGUGCCCAACAGCUGGGGCAAGAAAUUGCACUAUUAAGUUGCUUGAGACAUCCAAACAUCGUGCAAUACUAUGGAUCUGAGACAGUGGAUGACAAACUUUAUAUUUACUUGGAGUAUGUCUCGGGUGGUUCCAUUCAUAAGCUUCUCCAGGAUUAUGGUCAGUUGGGUGAAUUAGCUAUCCGAAGUUACACUCAUCAAAUUUUGUCAGGACUCGAGUAUUUGCACGCUAAGAAUACAGUCCACAGGGAUAUUAAAGGAGCAAAUAUACUGGUAGACCCUAACGGACGUGUAAAAUUGGCCGAUUUUGGGAUGGCAAAACAUAUUUCAGGGCCUUCAUGCCCGUUAUCCUUCAAGGGAAGCCCAUACUGGAUGGCACCCGAGGUUAUCAACAAUAAUUCAAACGGUUGCAAUCUUGCUGUGGAUAUAUGGAGUCUCGGGUGCACAGUGCUAGAAAUGGCUACAACUAAACCUCCUUGGAGUCAAUAUGAAGGGGUGGCUGCUUUGUUUAAGGUUGGAAACAGCAAAGAGCUUCCAUCAAUCCCUGAGCAUCUUUCCGAUGAAGGCAAAGAUUUUAUCUUGCAAUGCUUACAGAGGAACCCAUCACACCGCCCUACUGCUGCACAGCUUCUAGAACACCCUUUUGUUAUAAAUAUUGCUUCAUCUGAAAGAUUGAUACUGGAUCCAGGCCCAAUUACAAACGCAGUCCGAUAUCUGGGCAUUGGAUAUGGUUAUGAAGGAGUUUCUGUUGUUCACUCUCGAGGACCAAAAUCUAGUCCUGGAUUCAGUAACAUAUCAUGCCCGGUUUCUCAUUUGGGCAGCCCACUUUUGCAUCAAAGAUCUGUUCAAAGUAUGAAUGGAAGAGUAUCCCCAUCUCCAAUAUCAAGCCCGCGAACCAUCUCUGGUUCAUCCACCCCUUUAAAUGGAGCCGGUGGUGCCAUUCCUUUCUACCACCACCAGGUCCAGAAACAGCAGCCAAGUGUGUUGUACACUCCUGAGUUCACGGGUUUGGGCAUGAGUUCACGGUCUCCCACUAGAUCUUUUGGACCUCCUCCUAUUACUGGAUCGUAUUAUCAUGACCCGAGGCCCGAUAUGUUUCGAGCAAUGCCUCAAGGGUCUCCCUUCUUUCAGGAGAUAGUUCCUUCUGAUAAUGAUUUUCUAGGGAACCAAAAAGAAAGAUACAGCGGGCAGUCGGUGCUUGUCAACCGUGUUUCCGAGCAGCUUCUCAGAGAUCAUGUCAAGCAGAAUCCAGUCAUUGACCUCAACCCUCCUUCACCGGUGGUUAGUCGAAGAAGGAGUUGACCACCAGCGACUAAAAGAACAUAUUAUGAAUAAUAAUAUCUAUAUAUAUAAUAUAUCUAUAUCUAUA